GGCAGAGCACUCCAGAAACUAUGCAGUUGUCUCGGCAUCCCCAGAGGUUACCUCUGUAUUGUUCCACGUUACUCUUAAUCUUUUCGACAUGCCAAGCAUAUGUUGCCACCAGAGAAAAUUGCUGCACUUUAGAUGAACGAUUUGGUAACUAUUGUCCAACAACUUGUGGGGUUGCAGAUUUCUUGAACAAAUACCACAUCUCUGUAGACAAGGAUCUACAGUCCAUGGAAGAUACCUUAAGGGAGAUUAAUAAUAAGACAUCAGAAUCCAAACUGCUGAUUCAGAAAAUCCAAAUCGGCGAGGCUCCCGAUCCAAGACCACAAAAUGUGAUCAAUGAUGUGACUCAAAAGUCAAGGAAGAUGAUCGAUGAGAUCAUGAAAUAUGAAGCCUUGGUUAUCACGCAUGAAAACAAUAUUAGGUAUUUGCAAGAAAUCUUGGUUUCAAAUAACCAAAAGAUUCUUCAGCUGAAACAAAAGGCAGCUGAGCUUGAAGCCAAGUGUCAGGAGCCUUGUAAAGACUCAGUUCAAAUACAAGAAACCACUGGAAAGGAUUGUCAAGACAUUGCAAACAAGGGGGCCACAGUAAGCGGACUUUAUUUUGUCAAACCAUUGAAAGCUAAGAAGCAGUUCUUAGUCUACUGUGAGAUUGAUUCAGCAGGUAAUGGAUGGACUGUGCUUCAGAAGAGAGUGGAUGGGAGUGUUGACUUCAAGAAAAACUGGAUUCAAUAUAAGGAAGGAUUUGGAUACCUGUCUCCCACUGGCAACACUGAGUUUUGGCUGGGAAAUGAAAAGAUUCACCUUCUAAGCACUCAGACACAAAUUCCAUAUGCAUUAAGAAUAGAAUUGGAGGACUGGUCUGGCAAAACCAGCAAGGCUGACUAUGCCAUGUUCAAGGUGGGGUCUGAAGCUGACAAAUACCGGUUGACCUACGGCUACUUCAUUGGAGGAGAUGCUGGUGAUGCCUUUGAUGGCUAUGAUUUUGGGGAUGAUCCAAGUGACAAGUUUUUCACCUCCCACCUUGGCAUGCAGUUCAGUACCUGGGACAACGACAAUGAUAAAUUCGAGGGCAACUGUGCUGAACAGGAUGGCUCUGGCUGGUGGAUGAACAAAUGUCAUGCAGGCCACCUUAAUGGUGUUUACUAUCAAGGGGGAACUUACUCAAAAUCAUCAACUACCAAUGGCUAUGAUAAUGGCAUCAUCUGGGCUACCUGGAAGUCAAGAUGGUACUCCAUGAAGAAAACUACCAUGAAGAUAAUUCCAUUCAACAGACUUUCAGUGGAUGGCCAGCAACAACACAUGGGCUCAUCCAAACAGGGUGAUGUUUAAAAGGACGUUACAAACAUGACAAAAGGACUUUUACCUGAACAGAGACAUUAUAUGGGAGAGUGGACUCGUCAUGCCACACAUACCUCAUUUUCACCGUAUUGAUCCCCAGGAUUGGAACGGAAACAGAUCUCUUUCUGCGUGUGAUAAUUUAUCUCUGAACCAUUUUAAUUAAAAAAAAAUUCAUAUCUAUGACCAAAUGGCCAAUACCAUUCUUUGAUCCUUAACAAAAACCAAAGGUAUUUCACAUUUAAGGUUAUAGAUGGCACCCACACUGUAGGUUGGACGUUUUGUGAAACACUAGGGACAGUUGUAGAAAAAGCAAGACACAACUGACUUCCAGAGAGUGGGCAAACAGCUUGGAUACUGGGUCAAUGAAAGGAAACAUCCAUCGGUAGUCAGAAAAUGGCAGAAAUGUAAGACUCAUGCAUCCAUAAGCACAAGUCUUGGAAAGCUAAAUGUAAAUAACUACUUUUAUUUCAAGAAAUGCCCAUGAGUGCUAAGGAAACAUUAUGCCUGGUGUCCCAAAAGUCUUAGUUUAUUUUAAGCCCUUAAAAUAGCUUAAAAUGCACUAAGACUUUUGGGAUGCCUGUAUUUAAAAUAUUGUGAACAUUCAUGUUAUGCCUGAAUUUCUGUAUUUCAUUCUACCUUCUCUAUUACUGUUGACUAUGAGACUGUAAGCUCCAUGAGGGCAGGGACAGUGUUGGUUGUUUUUUUUUUUUAUCUAAAAUUUGGUUUCUCCUCCAGCACAGUGUAGUAGGGGAUUAAUAAAUGUUUCUAGCAUUUAAUUCAA